UUUCCCUUUUAAUAGUUUUACUCUUCAUAAUAAAUUCAAAUUGACGUCACAAAGUUAUUAAUCCAAGCUUCACUGUAUUACAGAAAGGCCUGUUUAAUGCGUAUUUAUUAGAGAAGAGAAUUUCCAAUGCAAUUGAAAAAUACGUUUUAUGUAUUAUUGGAGUAUAAUUAAGUUAUUAUAUCAGCGAAUUAACAAGGAUAAUUAAAGAAUCUUUUACAUGAAGGAUUUGAAACACGUCCUGAAACUCCAAAAUCUGAUUCCUUCUUUUCUGACGUAACAAAUUCAACAAUUAUGUGACAAUGCAAGGUUUUUUGACGUCACAAUGCUAUAUUAUGGAUUUUGGUUACCAUCUCAUUUAUGUAUUUGUGGUUUUUGCCAACAUUUUGCCAACUUUAUGGUUAUGUUGUUAUGUUUUAAUGUGACAAUGAUUUUUGUGUGACUGAGUGAAAAUUUGGUAAAAAAUGGCAAACAACGAGUCAGAACAACAGCAAAGUCCUGUUGAGAAUGCAUGGGAAAUGAAAAUACCAGAAUUUACACCCAAAGAUAAUCCACAUGGCCUUUUAGAAGAGAGUUCCUUUGCAACUCUUUUUCCACAGUACAGAGAACAAUAUCUUCGACAAGUUUGGCCUUUAGUUAAAAAGACUCUGCAAGAAUAUGCAAUUUUAGCAGAAUUGGAUCUUGUUGAAGGUAGCAUGACAGUCCGUACUACACGCAAGACUUGGGACCCUUACAUUAUUAUAAAAGCUCGGGAUAUGAUUAAGCUAAUGUCGCGAAGUGUUCCUUAUGAACAAGCCAAAAGGGUACUAGAAGAUGGGGUGGGAUCUGAUAUUAUAAAAAUAGGAAAAAUAACUAGAAAUAAAGAGAAAUUUGUCAAAAGAAGACAGAGGUUAAUAGGUCCUAAUGGCUGCACUUUAAAAUCAAUUGAACUGUUAACUAAUUGCUAUGUACUUGUACAAGGUAACACAGUUUCUGCCUUAGGACCAUACAAAGGUCUUCAACAGGUUCGUAAAAUUGUUGAAGACACAAUGAAAAAUGUUCAUCCUGUUUAUAAUAUCAAAGCUCUUAUGAUUAAGAGGGAGCUUGCAAAAGACCCUAAACUAAAACAUGAGAAUUGGGAGCGAUUUUUACCCAAAUUUGUUAAUAAAAAUGUCAGUCAGAGGAAAAAACCUAAGAACAAGAAAGAAAAGAAGCCUUAUACACCUUUGCCACCCCCACAAACAGAGAGCAAGCUUGAUAAGCAACUGGCUACAGGAGAAUAUUUCCUCAACAAGGAACAGAAAAGAGCUAAAAAGCGAAAGGAAAAGGAAGAGAAACAAGCAGAGGCUGCUAAGAGGAGGGAAGAAAAGAGAAAUGAAGCAUUUGCACCACCAGUUGAACCUGAACUAUCAAAAAUAAAGAGUAAAAUUGACACUACAGUUGAUUUAGAUGCAUUAAAAUCAAAAAUUAAAAAAGCGCAGACGAAAAAAGUAUUCCAAUCAAAAAAAAAUUAAUUGCUGGAAGCUAAAUAAUAAAAAUAAAUGAUUUUUUGUAACCGGAUGUUGUUUUUAUUGAGAUAUUGCAAUUUUACGAUUGUAGUUUACUAUUAAAUAAAAAGAAUUUCCAAUUCGCUUUA